AUGUCUGCAUCGAUUACACCUAAAUCACUCCCUCCCGGCUCUUCCUCCUCCUCAUCCUUCUCAUCCUCCCCAUCCUCCCCAUCCUCUGCCCGCCCGUCCCCAUCUGUCGCCAUCUGCCUCGUGGGCUCCCCACGCGACUUCCACAUAACGGGUCCCUCUAUAAAGCGGCACCUGCUCUCCGCGUAUCCCGCUGCGUCCACCCACGUCAUCCUCAACAGCCCCUUCGACCACACCUCCGCACGCCUCCUCGCCCUCGCGCUCGCUUCCCCUGCUCCGCCACCGCUCUCCACCCCACGGACAUUGCUUUCCACCCCACCACCACCGCUCUCCGCCGCUCCAACGCCUCCGAAUGCCUCUCGUGGUGCAACUUCCGUGGAAGCUUCCUCCCCGUCUCCAGGAGCCGCUUUCCCCCUGGAUCCCGCCUUCUCCCGCGUCUCCCUGCUGCGCAUCUCCCCCCACGUCCCCCUCCCCGUGUCCCCCCAGGCCUCGCGCGUGCUCAAUGCGGAGGGGUCCCCCAGUGGCGCGCAGGGCUUGCUGCAGUACUUCCAUCUGGUCGAGGGCUGUGCGUCGCUCAUUGCUCUGCUGGAACUCUCCUCCUCCUCCUCCUCCUCCUCCUCCUCCUCCUCCUCCUCCUCCUCCUCCUCCUCCUCCUCCUCCUCCUCCUCCUCCUCUUCCUCCUCCUCCUCCGCCUCCCCUCCUUCCCCUCAUCCUCUCCACAUCGACUACAUCAUCCGCUCUCGUCUUGACUCCUUCUGGACCGCCCCUGCCCCUCCUCUCUCCUCUCUCCACCUCCCUCUCACCACACUCAUAACUCCUCCUGCUUACUCCGCUGCGAACGUCACUGCUACUGGAGCUGUUGCUGCUGCUGCUUCUGCUGCUGUUUCUGCUGUUUCUGCUGUUCCUGCUGUCUCUGCUGUCUCACCUGCAAAAUCCGCGCCAGCAGCAGCAGCAGCAGAAUCUUCAGCAGCGGUGGUGGCAGUACCGAUGGGGUCGGAGUGGGGGGGAUUGAACGAUCGGUUUGCCAUGGGGCGGAGGAGGGGUGCGUGGGAGGGGCUCAUGCGCCUAACAGCCGUGGCCGCCCUGGAUGCGCGGGGGAUCAGGGGAGUGAUAUCGGAGCUGGCGUGGCAGGAGCAGCUGAGCAUGAGUGGCACGAGGCCAUACGUCUUCUCCCUGGCCUCCCCAAUCCCCAUGAAUGGUGCGUACUGCCGCCCCUGCACGCACCCCUGCGCCCCCGCCUCCUCCCCUGCUGCUGCUGCAGCCUUCAGCACCCUCCCCUCGCCGCCCUCUCUUCACCACGGCUCUGCGUUUCCUUUGUUUCGAAUGGGAAUGGAGCUCUGCCCGGCUGUUGAUACCCUCGGGGACGAUGGGGACGGGGAGGGGGAUUGGGAGGGGAAGGAACAGAGUGAGAAGGAAAAGAGUGAGAAGGAGGAACGGAGCGAAGAGGAGGAGGGGUGGCAGGAUGGGGUGGCGCGUGUGGCAGGGCGGGCAGCAGUGGAGGAGAGCGAGAGGGUGGAGCAGCAGGUCAGGAACUACACUGCAUGCGUUGCUCUCUUCCAAGCCAUGCAAGCACAGCCCCAUGUACUGGCGUGGAUAGCACCUCCCCCAGAUGUCAUCUGCACGAGGGCACACCUGGGGCCGUCUGUGCCGCUUGCAUCGUCCCCGGGUCUGGCGCCGUUCCCUGUCUUCCUCAGUCGGCUCUCCUAUUCCAGCACCGUGGUGAUUCUCACAGCAGACCCCUCGCUCACAGACCUGCUCUCCAUGCAGCUGCGCCUGCUGCUGCCGGGCGUACUUCCGCGCUGCAUGGACUGGCACGGCCGCAUGCUGCUGCCCUUUGGGGGCCUUGGGGGCGAGGCCGAGGCCGAGGGGGAGGGCGAGGGGAAUGGGGAGGGGGAGGGGGAGAAUGAUGGAGUUAUAUCCCCAGGGGCCGGCGGUGGUGACAGUGCUGGUGAUGGUGGAAGUGAUGGUGGGGGUGAUGGUGGGGGCGAUGGUGGGGGUGAUGGUGGUGAGGAGGAAGAUGAGCAGGCUGUUGUGAGCGCCAGUCGGCGCAUGGCACAGCACAUCACCGCUCAUGGACCUCUAGAUGUCCUCGUGGUAACCUCUCCUUCCUUCUCGUCCCUCUCCCUGCUUCUCUUUCUUCGGAGAUGA